AUGGCGACCGCAGGCCUCCAGGUGUUCGGCAUCUUCCUGGCGACCGUGGGCUUCCUGGGCGACAUCAUCGUGUGCGCGCUGCCCAUGUGGAAGGUGACGGCGUUCAUCGGCAGCAACAUCGUGACGGCGCAGGUGUUCUGGGAGGGCCUGUGGAUGAACUGCGUGAAGCAGAGCACGGGCCAGAUGCAGUGCAAGGUCUACGACUCCAUGCUGGCGCUGCCCCAGGACCUGCAGGCCGCCCGCGCCCUGGUGGUCAUCUCCAUCCUGCUGGCCUUCAUGGGCCUCCUGCUGGCCGCCGCCGGGGGCAAGUGCACCAACUGCAUCGAGGACGAGCUGGCCAAGAGCCGCGUGGCCAUCGCGGCGGGGGUCUUCGUUUUGGCGGCCGGCGUCCUCUGCCUCAUCCCGGUGUCCUGGUCGGGCCACGUGGUCAUCCGCGACUUCUACAACCCCGUCAUGACCGACGCGCAGAGGCGGGAGCUGGGCGCCGCGCUCUUCAUCGGCUGGGGGUCCGCCGGCCUGCUGCUCAUCGGGGGGGCGCUGCUGUGCUGCCAGUGUCACGGUCGCAAGGACGGCAGGUAUUCUGUGAAAUACACCGCGCCGCGCUCGGCCGCCAGUGGAGGCGCUUAUGUCUGA